AUCCUUUUAUUUUGAAUUUUGAUCCACGCUUAAAAAUAUUAAGAGCGACACAAAAAUGUCUCAAAAGUUGUGUUCGAUUCUUUUCCUUGUCUUCGUAAUUUCUUCCUUCAGGCCAAUCCAAUCCAGGAAAUACAACCCUAAGAAACCAUGCAAACGUUUUUCCGUUCACAUGCACGAGAUAUUGUUCGACGGCAACAACGCGGCGAAUGCGACGGCUGCCGUGGCCGUGAAUCAAACCAAGCUAAACAGUUACGGAUUCGGAGAAUUCACCGUUUUCAACGACAAAUUGACGGCCGACAGCAAUCUGUCAUCGCCUUCGGUGGGUCGCGGUCAAGGGUUUUAUGUAUUCAACAUGAGGACACCGGGGUUUAAUGCGUGGGUGGGUCUUAGUUUGGUCUUCAAUAAUUCAUUUAAAUACAAAGGUACACUUACUAUAACUGGGGCUGAUUUGAUAAGUCAAGGAACGAGGGAUAUCCCUAUUGUUGGAGGGACUGGGGAUUUCUUCAUGGCUCGAGGCAUUGCCACAAUUACUACUGAAUUUGAAGGAGAUACUUAUUUCCGACUUCUAAUAGAUGUCAAAUUGUAUGAAUGCUAAAUCAAAUUUGUCAACCGUCAUUCUAAUAAAAACACUCAUCUCCCUACUACAAAUCUCAUGUAAUUAUAUCAUGGGAGGAUGAGAAAUAAUUUGAUGUUGAUUCGGGGUUUUUGUUGUAUUAAUUAAUUUUAUCCCAAUAAACGAUUGUCUCUAAUUAAAGCUACUUUUUAUUUUGCG